AAAAUUGAAAAAAAUGUUUAAAACUAAGAAAAUCGACGAAUUUGGCGGAAAAACAGGAAAUGAAGAGCAAAGCGAAGACGUUGUGGUCACCGAAGAGAAAAUUAUUGGCGAAGACGGCAUUGAGAGGACUAUUAUAAAGAAAACGACGACAAGACGUACAAUUCAGAAGCAGAAUGUGACUCAAGGGGCCAGAAUGACAACCGUCAAGAAGACAAUCACAUCCAGUGAUGGCAAGACAUCGACUAUUGUCGAUAAUUUUGAUGACUUAAAACUGGAUUCAGACCACAAGAUAGCCAUUGAAAACCGUAAGUCACGGUCCGGUUCUGCGUCGUCUUCUUCAUCAUCUGACGAUGGAUUCACUGAAAAGUUUAAGUCAUUCUUUAAGGGAAAAUCAAAAGACAAGCACAAGAAGAGUAGUGGCGACGACAACAGCAACAGUCAGCCAACAGUUGCCAUCAAAUCGUCGACCAGUGAACUGCAUUCGGAGCCCACAGACGAUGACAAAGAGUUUGCCGAAGACUGUCUCAAAUGGCACAAUCAUUAUCGGGAAAAACAUGGCGUCAAACCAUUGAAACUGUCGAAAAAACUCAUGGAUUAUGCACAGGAGUGGGCCAACCAUAUCGCUGCCAACGACACAAUGGAGCACAGACCUCAUAAUACUUAUGGCGAAAAUAUAUUCAUGAAAUGGUCGUCUAAUCCUAACUUCAAAAUUGCCGGCCGCGACCCAGUUGAUAAUUGGUAUGCCGAGAUCAAGGACCAUACGUUUGGAAAAGAGCCUAGCUCAUUGAAAUCAGGUCACUUUACACAAGUAGUUUGGAAAGAGAGCGAAGAGUUAGGUGUGGCUAAAGCCCGCACCCGAACGGGAAAGAUCUUUGUUGUGGCCAACUAUAACCCGGCGGGCAAUAUGUUGGGCGAGUUUGCGGCCAAUGUUCCCGCACCAGUCAAAUAGAUUUCUACAAUUUUUUUUAAUUAGUUAAUUAUUAGUUAAUUAUUAAUAAUUCCAGUCAUUUUUAGUAAUAAAUGAA